AAAAAGAUGCCGACAGAAAACAAACGGAAACCGUUACUAACGUGUAUUGCUCUAAAACUACCAAAACUCUUAUAGUAGAGUAAACACAGAGAGAGAUAGACAUCUGAGCUGCUGCUGCUACCGUUGCUCCAUCGGAAAUUAGGGUUAGAUUUGUACAAAUCUGAUCUUAGAUUUGUAAUUCUCCCAUCAACUGAUGUAGACUAAGCCCAUAAAACUCCUCUUAUUCAUUGCUAUAAAACAAUGGCCUCAACAACAGCCGCCAGUCUCCAUAAUAUCCUCUCUGCAACCUCUCCAACAUCUCCAAGACUAGAUGUUCUUUGGCAGCAGCAAAAGCAAACCCCAGUGGAGAGCCAAAGUAAGCUUCAAUUGCAGAAUCAUUAUCCAAUGUUGUCUGGUGGCAUGUCAAAGCAGAAUGCACCAUCAUUUGAUAAAAAUGUGACUAGUUCAACUAUAAAACAGAGACAGCAACAUGAGGCCAGUGGAAGGAUAAUCAGAAACAUACUUCUAAACAAGGAUUCACGCCAAAAUCAAUCUUCUAGGGUCCAAUCUGAGCAGCAAAUUCAAUCCUCCAAUUUAGAAAAGGAGAAACGUCUUCAGCGACCUCCACGUGGGCAGCUGGUCUUGAAGGAUGUAAAUGGAUCUUCAGAUGACAAAUUUGUUGGCAAUGAUUUGCAUGGUUUUUCUGGCGAGAAGCAGGAAAAGCUCACAAGAAAUAAGGAUGGACUCCUCUUCGUCGGACAGAUGUCUCAUAUGCAAGUGACGAAUCCCUGUCUUCAUCUGCAUCUCAGUCUACACAAAUAGGGUCUAGAUUCUUCACAAGGUACGCCAUUAGUUAACAUAACAUAAAUGAUUUAAUGUCUUUUGUUAAUGUACAUAAAUACAUACAUUAUUUAUAUAUUUAUGUGUGUGCGCGCGCUGUUCAGUGUACGAUUAGGACGCCAUUGCCUAUGUGAUCGCAUUGGCAGAUUCAUAAUAAGUCCCAUGAAAUUUUGGUGGCUAGUCUCUUUUUAACUUAACAGAUGGUCAGGUGUGAUAAAAGUUUAAGCAGCGGAGUAGGCUCUCCUUGGGAAACCAGAAAGAAAAGUGGGAGUUGAUGUCAGUGAUGCAGUACUGGGAGGGUUUGAAGAAAUCCCGAUCUUAGUCAAAGAUGACAGGGGGAUGCUUGGCCAGCUGAGCCGAGAGCAGCAUGUAAAUGUUGAUGGUGAAAUGGAGUGUGACUUGAGCGUGAAUGAUGAUUGAUGUUUUAUAAGAUGAGUAGGAACUAACUGGAUCUUUUGUUAAAUGGAAACUUGUUUUUGGUGCAAUCUUAAGGUCCCAGCUUUAGAUAA